AACGUUAUUUAAUACUUUGUGGAUUAUUAAUUUAGUUGAUAAUCACUGGAAGUAAAAUGGAUGCUAAUUUGAGAGAUCAAGAUCUUCGUAUAAAACAGUUAAUAAAAGAAAAUCUACAAAGAAAAAAAUGUCUGCCAAGCCGUAGCCGAAGCCGAUCUCCAAAUAUAUUUGGCGAUAGUGAGACCCAGUGUCCAGAUGAUUUACCCAGCGUCGUCGCAACAAAGAAAAAAAACGAGGAUAAAGUAAAAGAAAAUUUACUGAAAGAAGAAACAAACUGUUCUAAAUGCUUAAUUUAUGGAGAAGAGGAUAAAAGAAAUGAGUAUUUCGGACUGUUAGUGGCUCAAGAAUUUAAAUAUAUACGGCCAUGUGUGCGAACGAGGUGUUAUGAAGAAAUUUUAAAGUAUCUACGGGAAGCAAAAGGCCAACAUGUUGAUCAACUGCAACAUGAAAACACUGAAAAUUAA